AUGGCUAAUGGGAAUGCAAAAUUUAGGUAUUUUAUAUUUGAGAAGUUUGAAGAAUGUAAGACGCCUGAAAAGUAUUGUAUGGAAAAGUUGAUCUUACAGGCUGUUCGGAGGAACACAUUUAUAUUUAAUGGAUAUUCAUCCAGUUGCUGUAAGGAACAGAAAUGUGGCAAAGGGAUUGAUAAUGGAACUUCUGAAAAAUGUAUUUAUUUUCCAAAUGUGCUACAAAUAUUUGUUGCGUUGAUGGGUCAAGAAAGGAAAGGCGAUGAGAACUCAAAGAGGAUGACAUACACGCCCGAAGGAGACGAGUUCCAGGAAGCGCUCUGA